UCUUAUUCUUAAUGUUUUCUUUUUCUUUUUCUUUUUCUUUUUUUGAAUAAUUUUUGUAUGGGGGCGUUGAGUUCUGUUUUGUGGUGUGAUUACUUAUGAAAUUGUUGUCAUGGUCUUGAUACUUUACCUUGAAUUUCUUGUGGGGUUGAUAGUGUUCUAUGAAUGCUGUAGCUGAUGCUGGACUUGGAUAAAUCUGGCUUUUCGUUUUGUUUGGAUGAAUCAUUGAUUUUCUGGACUUUUCUUGUUGGUUUUGAUCAAGUUUUUUUUUUUUUUCCUUCCUUUACUUCUUGUUUUGAUUGAACUGGUCCUAGUCAAAGUGUUUACUUGGUUGAAGUUAAUCUUUUUUUCUCUCAAUUUUUACUGUUAUAAAUCGAGGGAUUCAGACAUGAAUGGAUUCUAUAUUGUAUUUAAGUUUGAUGUUCAAUUUAUAUCUAUGCUUUUUUUCAAUCAGUGUGGCGGUUCGGUUGGUGCCAUGAACUUUGAAAGGGAUUAGUUUUCAAUAUAUACCACUUGAUUUUUUUUUUGUCAUAUUAAAAUUUUGGUUAAAUUCUUAUUCCUAAUCGAAUUUCCGUUUUGUCUAGUGAUGAAAUAAAUUACACAUUACAUUGCUUAAUUUUUUUAUUUAUUAUUUUAUUUUGGUGAUAGACCAGCUAGGUGUGAUAUGAUCAACUGAUUAUCCAUUUGUAUUGGAAGUGGUUUUUAAAAGUUCAAAAUUGUUUGUUGGUUUCUCAUCCUCAAGCUUUAACUAGUGAUUUUAUUGAAUGAAAAUCAUCAUGAUGAAAAGUAAUUGAAACACUAGAUUCUCGUAAAAAGAGAAAAAGAAACUGUCAAAUAUUCAGUUUUAUUGUCUUUGUUGAUAGAAAAUCAAUUCAAAAAACUAUUCCAAAAUAUGAUGUUGAGUUAAUUCUUAAAUCAAUGAAAGCUUGCUGCCUAUCUGGUGUAGUAUAAACUUGCUUUAGGCUUUCCUGUUUUUCUUCACAUCUUGUGAAAAUAUGUAUUCCAUCUGAUCUCUACUAUUUGAAUGCUUUAUUGAUAGACUGGUAGUACUAAUGUAUUAUAAAUGUUUCAGUGAUUCAAGUCAAAGAAGUGUCUUUACAUGUGUAGCAACAGCAUAUUAGUCUUUCCUAUUCGUGUACACAAACUUCAUAAUCAUUCUUUAUUUUAUUCAGUUUGUGGUAAUCAAGAUUGUGUUCUGCUCAAGAAGGACAUCUAUAUCUCGUCAAAAAUAAAUGAUGGUUGAUCCAAAGGGUAGUUCUUCAUGGUUAAAAAGUCUAUGUACCAGCAACAUAUUUAUUUGGAAAGAUCAUGGAGAAUAUGGAGCUGUGGCUGCUAUAGUUAUAGGCAUCCUUGUUCCUGUCUUGUUUUCGGUUUUGUUCUUGGGAAAGAAAAGAGGAAAAGUAAGAGGUGUUCCAGUAGAAGUUGGUGGCGAGCCAGGUUAUGCCAUACGUAAUGCUCGAAAAACUGAGUUGGUUGAGGUUCCUUGGAAAGGAGCCCCGACCAUGGCUCAUCUAUUUCAGCAUUCCUGUAAUAAAUAUGCUCAUAAUAAAUUUCUUGGAACAAGAAAGCUAAUAGGAAGGGAGUUUGUUACAUCUAGUGAUGGCAAGAGGUUUGAGAAACUCCACUUGGGAGACUAUGAAUGGGAAUCCUAUAGAGAGGUUUUUGCUCGUGUGUCCAACUUUGCAUCUGGUCUUCUUAAGUUAGGCCAUGAUAUAGAUAGCCAUGUUGCCAUUUUCUCUGACACCCGGGCAGAGUGGCUCAUUGCUCUUCAGGGUUGCUUCCGACAAAAUAUAACAGUUGUAACAAUUUAUGCUUCUCUAGGUGAGGAUGCCCUGAUCCACUCGCUAAACGAGACCCAAGUAUCUACUCUGAUCUGUGACUCCAAGCAGUUGAAGAAGUUGGAUGCAAUAAGAUCAAGUCUAACAUCUAUCCAAAAUGUAAUUUACUUUGAAGAUGAUAGCAAAGAAGAUGCUUUCUCAGGAAGUUUGAGCAACUGGACAAUUGCAUCUUUUAGUGAAGUUGAGAAACUUGGGAAAGAAAGUCCGGUCGAACCAAGCCUGCCUUCCAAGAAUUCUGUUGCAGUUGUCAUGUACACAAGUGGCAGUACAGGUCUUCCAAAGGGUGUCAUGAUUACUCAUGGGAAUAUUGUAGCCACUACAGCAGCUGUUAUGACUGUGAUUCCAAAUUUAGGCAGCAAGGAUGUGUACAUUGCGUACUUGCCCCUUGCUCAUGUUUUUGAAAUGGCAGCAGAGUCUGUUAUGCUGGCUGCAGGUGUUGCAAUUGGUUUCAGCUCUCCUCUGACUUUGACUGACACAUCUAAUAAAAUCAAGAAAGGAACCAAGGGAGAUGUUAGCGUGUUAAAGCCCACCCUUAUGACAGCGGUCCCAGCUAUUCUUGAUCGUAUACGAGAUGGAGUUGUAAAAAAGGUUGAGGAAAAAGGGGGGCUUGUGAAGAAUCUUUUCCAGAUUGCAUACAAGCGCCGACUGGCUGCUGUAAAGGGAAGCUGGCUAGGAGCUUGGGGAUUGGAGAAGUUGGUGUGGGAUACCAUUGUCUUUAAAAAAAUUCGCUCUUCACUAGGAGGCCACAUCCGGUUUAUGCUUUGUGGCGGAGCCCCUUUAUCUGGAGAUUCACAGCAAUUUAUCAAUAUCUGCAUAGGGGCUCCUAUUGGGCAAGGAUACGGCUUGACUGAAACAUUUGCUGGGGCUGCCUUCUCUGAGUGGGACGACUACAGUGUGGGGCGUGUAGGACCACCUCUUCCUUGUUGUUACAUUAAGCUUAUUUCUUGGGAAGAAGGGGGAUAUCUCACAUCUGACAAACCAAUGCCACGAGGAGAGAUUGUUGUUGGGGGAUUCAGCGUGACAGCUGGUUACUUUAAGAAUCAAGAAAAAACUAAUGAAGUGUUCAAGGUUGAUGAGACAGGCAUGCGCUGGUUUUAUACUGGCGACAUUGGGCAAUUCCAUCCUGAUGGGUGUCUCGAAAUCAUAGAUAGGAAGAAGGAUAUUGUUAAACUUCAACAUGGAGAAUAUAUUUCUCUUGGAAAGGUUGAGGCAGCACUGUCAUCAUGUGAUUAUGUAGAUAAUAUAAUGGUUUAUGCAGACCCCUUCCACAAUUACUGUGUGGCUCUAGUAGUUGCUUCACAUCAGUCCCUGGAGAAGUGGGCCCAACAAUCUGGUACUCAAUACAAAGAUUUUCCUGAUCUGUGUAACAAACCUGAAACUGUCACUGAGGUCCUGCAGUCCAUUUCCAAGGUUGCAAAAGCUGCAAAGCUGGAUAAAUCUGAAAUUCCUGCAAAGAUUAAGUUGCUUCCGGAUCCAUGGACUCCUGAAUCUGGAUUAGUCACUGCUGCCCUCAAGAUAAAGAGAGAACAGCUGAAAGCCAAAUUCAUAGAUGAUCUUAAGAAGUUGUAUACAUGAAGUUUCUAACCUUUUUUUCAAUGUAUUAUCCAGUGUAGGUGUAUGUUAUGUCUGAUUUUUUAAUUUAUUUUUUUAAUAUCAAUAUCUCCCUGCGAAUGCUAUCAAUCAUAUUUCUGGUUGAUGUAUUUUACUGUUUGUAAUAUGUAAUACUUUCACUUGUGACUAUACUGGAUUGCUUUGCAAAC